GCUGGCUACAUCAACCUAGUCACCUUUGCCCAGUGCUCCUCAAGAACCGCCAAGGGAUAGACAUAGCAAAUAAAGGGAUACGGCUAUGAGAUGGCAAGGAAUCUGAGUGUGUUGGAAGUCCUUCUGAUCAUCUUCUUCCUAACUAUACUCGCCUUAGAUAUCUUCUUGAUGCUUUUGGUGUUGGGAAAUCCUUCAGGUCGUUCAUUUGUUCCAGAGUGCCCAGAUAUCCCCGAAUCAGAGAGGAUAGACUGUGUUCCUGGGCAUGUGGUGACAGAGAAUGUCUGCAGAUGGGUAUAUAAAUGCUGCUGGAAGCCUGUGACACAUACAGGUGCCCCGAGGUGCUUCUUCCCUAGGAACUGGGGCUAUAAAGUUGGCAAGAGACAGAAUGACACAACAGGGUUUACCGCCAAGUUGAAAAGGCUACCUACCCCAUCUCUGUUUGGAUAUGACGUCCCUGACGUCCUCUUCGCGGCUGACUAUCAGACAUCCAAUCGUUUUCAUUUUAAGAUCACUGAUAUGGAUAGCAAACGCUAUGAAGUCACCCUUGAAAAUAUUGACUUGCUUGAUAGGACUCCUAAGACCUCUAAUUUGAACUAUCACGUAGAGGUCAUUAAUGAGCCCUUCAGCUUCAAGAUCAUACGGACCAGCAACAAAAGAAUCUUGUUGGACACGAGCAUCGGGCCCCUGCAGUUUGCCCAUCAGUACCUGCAGCUGUCUUUCCGACUGCCCAGCACCUCCGUGUAUGGGCUGGGAGAACACGUGCAUCAGCAGUACCUCCACAACCUGACCUGGAAGACCUGGCCCAUCUUCACUCGGGAUGCCACCCCCACCAAGGGCAUGAUUAAUCUGUAUGGAGCUCAUACAUUCUUCCUGUGCCUCGAAGACACCAGCGGCUCCUCUUUUGGGGUUUUUCUGUUGAACAGUAAUGCCAUGGAGGUCAUCCUUCAGCCUGCUCCUGCAAUCACUUACCGCACGAUUGGGGGCAUCCUUGACUUUUAUGUAUUCCUGGGAAAUACUCCAGAACAAGUGGUUCAGGAAUAUCUGGAGCUCAUUGGACGACCAUUCUUGCCUCCCUACUGGAGUCUUGGGUUCCAGCUUAGUCGCAGGAACUAUGGCGGAAUCAAUGGAUUGAGGAAGGUUGUGGACCGAAAUCGUGGAGCUGGGAUCCCAUAUGAUGUCCAGUACUCUGACAUAGACUACAUGGAAGGGGGAAAGGAUUUCACGAUUGAUAAAGAGGCUUUCCCUCGUCUUGAAGAUUUUGCCAAAGACUUGCAUGGCCAAGGAAUGAAAUAUGUGAUCAUUAUGCAUCCUGGAAUAUUAAAUAAAUCUAACUACCAUCCCUAUGAGACUGGAAGUAAGAAGAGAGUAUGGAUCUGGCAGGACAAUGAAUUUGCCAUUGGACAGGGAUAUCCCGGAUUGACGGUCUUUCCUGAUUUUAGCAAUCCAGUUUGUAUUGAGUGGUGGAGAGAGCAGAUCAGUGAAUUUCAUAAAACUCUCGAGUUUGAUGGAGUGUGGAUUGAAAUGGAUGAAGUAUCCAGCUUUCACCACGGGUCCAAUGGUGGGUGUGAGUCAAACCACUUGAACGUUCCUCCUUUCACUCCCAGAGUUCUGGACGGCUUCCUUUCUGCAAGAACCCUCUGCAUGGAUGCAGAAUUUCAUCAGGGCCUUCACUAUGAUGUCCACAGCUUGUAUGGCUACUCCAUGGCAAAAGCUACACACUUUGCCAUGGAGGGUAUCCCCUUGAACAAAAGUAGCUUCAUCUUAUCCCGUUCUACUUUUGCUGGGUCUGGCAAGUUUGCUGCUCAUUGGUUGGGAGACAAUGCAGCCACAUGGGAUGAUCUCCGGUGGUCCAUCCCUAGUAUCCUUGAGUUCAACCUAUUUGGUAUCCCCAUGGUAGGUGCCAACAUCUGUGGUUAUACAAAAAAUGUCACAGAGGAGCUCUGCAGAAGGUGGAUGCAGCUUGGAGCCUUUUAUCCACUAUCAAGGAAUCAUAAUGGGCCUGAGUUUGUGGAUCAGGAUCCUGUUGCCUUUGGCAGCCACUCUCUGCUGGUGAAUUCCUCCAAACAUUAUCUGAACAUCCGCUACGCUCUACUCCCCUAUCUCUACACCCUUUUCUACCGAGCUCACACCCGGGGAGACACCGUGGCAAGGCCCCUUGUCCAUGAGUUCUACCAGGACCCAGCUACAUGGGAGGUGCACGAGCAGUUCUUAUGGGGGCCUGGACUUCUCAUCACACCUGUUUUAUAUGAGGGUGUGGACCAAGUGAAGGCAUACAUACCGGAUGCCAUGUGGUACGACUAUGAGACAGGAGUAGCUAUCCAGUGGAGGAAACAACUGGUAGAGAUGCAGCUACCACCCGAUAGGAUUGGACUUCACCUCCGUGGGGGCUUCAUAUUUCCCACCCAGCAGCCCAACACAACCACAGAGGCCAGUCGGAAGAAUCCCCUGGGACUCAUUGUUGCCUUGGACUAUAAGAGAGAAGCAAAGGGAGAGCUGUACUGGGAUAAUGGUGAAUUCAAAGAUGAAAAGUAUAUUCUGUAUGAUUUUUCUGUCGCCUCUAACCAUCUACAGGCAAAGGUUAUAAAUAAUAACUAUACGGACCCCAACAACCUCACGUUUACAGAUAUCAUAAUCUUGGGAAUGGACAAGCAACCUAUGAAUUUCACUGUUUCAUUGAAGAAUUCUUACAGGUCCAUUUUAAAUGUUACCUACAAUGUUUCAUCAAAGGUGGUGAAGAUUACUGAUCUCAAGGGACUGGUACUUGGACAAGAAUUCUCCAUUAAAUGGGAACUUCCAGUCAGUGACCUGGAGAAAUUCAACUGCUACCCUGAUGAGCCCCCCCUCACUCUGGAGCAUUGCAGGAAGCGGGGCUGCCUCUGGGAGGACACAACUGUUCCUGGUGUGCCUACCUGUUACUAUGACACCAUCCCUAAUUAUGCUGCCAGUAACAUUCAGUACCUGCCCACGGGCAUCACCACAGACCUCACCCACCUGAUGACCCCUGAAUCAACUCGAGCAGCCACUGCUGCUGGUUCUCUUUCUGCAAUGAUCAGCUUCCUCCGCCUGAGUGUCAUCUACCACACAGAAAACAUGCUGCAGUUCAAGAUCUUUGAUGCCACUAACAAAAGGUACGAGGUCCCAGUGCCUCUGAACACGCCUCGCUCUCCUGUUGGCUCCCCUGAAAACCGUCUGUAUGAUGUCAGGAUUCAGAACAAUCCUUUUGGGAUCCAGAUUCGACGAAAAAGCUCCAACACUGUGAUUUGGGACUCUCAGCUCCCCGGCUUUACUUUCAACGACACGUUCCUCUCCAUUUCGACUCGCCUCCCCUCUCAGUACCUCUACGGCUUUGGGGAGACUGAGCACACAGCUUUCAGGAGAAAUAUGAGCUGGAACAUGUGGGGAAUGUUCGCUCGUGAUGAGCCACCCGCGUACAAGAAGAAUUCCUAUGGCGUCCACCCCUACUACAUGGCACUGGAGCAGGAUGGCAGUGCCCAUGGGGUGCUCCUGCUAAACAGCAACGCCAUGGAUGUAUCAUUCCAGCCCACUCCUGCCCUGACAUACCGCACCACAGGAGGGAUUUUGGACUUUUAUAUGGUUUUGGGGCCAACCCCCGAGCUUGUAACUCAACAGUACACUGAGUUGAUUGGUCGGCCAGCAAUGACUCCAUACUGGGCCUUGGGAUUCCAGCUAAGUCGCUAUGGAUACAAGAAUGAUAAGGAGAUCUCCCAAUUGUAUGAGGCAAUGAUGGCGGCCCAGAUUCCCUAUGAUGUCCAGCAUGUAGACAUCGAUUACAUGGACCGGAAGCUGGACUUCACUCUCAGCCCCAGCUUCCAAAACCUCGGUCUCUUGAUUGACCAAAUGAAGAAAAAUGGCAUGAGAUUCGUCCUCAUUCUGGACCCAGCCAUUUCUGGCAACGAGACCCAUUAUCCCACAUUCAAGAGAGGGCAGGAAAACAACGUAUUCAUCAAAUGGCCUGAUAACAAUGAAAUCGUCUGGGGAAAGGUUUGGCCAGAUUUGCCCAAUGUGAAUGUGGAUGCCACCCUUGACCAUGAAACUCAGGUUAAGCUGUACAGAGCCUACGUUGCUUUUCCUGACUUCUUACGUGAUAGCACAGCUGCAUGGUGGAAGAAGGAAAUACAGGAGCUCUAUGUGAACCCUCAAGAGCCAAAGAAGAGCUUGAAGUUUGAUGGAUUGUGGAUUGACAUGAAUGAGCCAUCAAACUUUGUGGAUGGAUCUGUCAGGGGCUGCAGCGAUAAAAGUCUUAACAAGCCACCCUAUAUGCCACAUUUGGAGUCCAGGGACAUGGGCCUUAGCAGCAAGACCCUGUGCAUGGAGAGUCAGCAGAUCCUGCCAGACGGCUCACGGGUGCGACACUAUGACGUGCACAGCCUGUACGGAUGGGCCCAGACCAGACCCACCUACGAAGCCGUGCAGGCGGUGACAGGACAGCGAGGGGUCGUCAUCACCCGCUCCACGUUCCCUUCUUCUGGCCGCUGGGGAGGUCACUGGCUGGGAGACAACACGGCCGCGUGGGACCAGCUGAGGAAGUCUAUCAUUGGCAUGAUGGAGUUCAGUCUCUUUGGAAUAUCUUAUACAGGAGCAGAUAUUUGUGGGUUCUUUGGAAAUGCCGAAUAUGAGAUGUGUCUUCGCUGGAUGCAGCUGGGGGCCUUUUACCCAUUUUCCAGAAACCACAACACCAUCGGGACAAGGAGACAAGAUCCUGUGGCCUGGAAUUCAACCUUUGAGAUGUACUCAAGAAAAGUCCUUCAGACCAGAUACGCCCUGCUGCCUUACCUCUACACUUUGAUGCAUAAAGCUCAUGUUGAGGGCAGCACUGUCGUCCGACCCCUUCUCCAUGAGUUUACAAAUGACAGAGUGACAUGGGAUAUAGACCGUCAGUUUAUGUUGGGUCCUGCUAUCUUAAUCAGCCCCGUGCUGGAAAGUAACACUUUUGAGAUCCAAGCCUAUUUUCCCAGAGCCCGUUGGUACGACUACAGCACGGAAUCUGGCAAUGCGUCAACAGGUUACUGGAAAACCCUGGAGGCUCCCCUUGACCACAUCAACCUUCAUAUCAGAGGAGGCUACAUCCUGCCCUGGCAAGAGCCUGCAAUGAACACUCAGGCCAGUCGACAAAAAUUUAUGGGAUUGAUUGUUGCUUUGGAUGACAAUGGGAAAGCUGAAGGUCAGAUAUUCUGGGACGAUGGACAAAGCAUUGAUACCUAUGAAAAUGGAAACUAUUUCUUGGCAAACUUUAUAGCAGCUCAGAACAUAUUGCAAAUCCAAACCAUGCACAAUAAGUAUUUGAGUGACUCAAAUCCACUGAAAGUUGGAUAUAUUAAAAUCUGGGGGGUAAACUCUACUUAUGUGACACAAGUCACUUUUACUUAUGACAACAAGCAAUUCAUGGAGAAGAAUUUCAAGAGUGACCCUUACAAUCAGAAAUCAACCAUAAGUGAAAAUUUGGGAUCUUGUAAAGGUAAGUACUCCUGAAAAAAAGAACAACAGCAACAACAACAACAACAAACAGAACAGGAAAAAGGAAACCUGGACUUCAGAAGUUUGAAGGAACUUGAGAACUGAAACCUGAGAGUCUAGGCACAAGAUAUGAUCCUGGAACCAAAUUGAGAACACCUGGAAAGAGAAGAGAUAAAAGCAAGUGUCAGCUUGCUCCUUCUGGGUCUUGAGCUUAGCUGGACCCUGUGCUUCUGUCAGACCCUAACAUGGAUGAUAUACCCCAUUGGGCCAGCUCUAAGAACACCACCUGCUACGAGGUUGCUGCAGCGACUAUGGCUAUAGGUAGACAUGUCUUCCCUUGCCUCAGUUUCCUCAUCUAUAAGAUGGAGGAAACAUCAGAACUGCAAUGUACAUGGAAAUGCAUUUUCAGUCUGCAGAAUGCCAUACAAAUUUUAUUGUUAAUCCACUGAGUGUCCUUAUGUCUAUUUACACUUUUCUGUUCUUCUUCCCCUAUGUAUCUUCCUGAUACAUAGCAGUUUUUCCUUUGAGCUGGUACUUUGUAAUAAGGCUAUUCUGAGUCUCUUUUCUCAAAUGUUUUCAAACGCUUCACUGCUAAAUUAAAUAAUGCCCAUCUUUUCCUCACUUUAUAAAAUAAAUAGAUACAACUAUCCCAGUUUUAUGUUAUUUUUCUGUAUUUUUCCUAAACUUUUUAUACUUGCUGCUAUUCAUAUGUUUCCCUCUAGAAAGAACAAAAUAUACGAACAAAAACCAGACAAGAAAACUUUUGAAAUCGCCAGUAGAGUUCAUGUGCAGUGUGUAUGUGUAUCUUGUGUGUGUGCGUGUGCGUGUAUUUUCAUGCACGUUAUCUUACAUAGCAAACAUCAUAUUUUCUGCUGGUAAAAUUUUCUCUGGUUUGUAUAAUGAACUUUAACAUAUCAGUGUUUCUUCAUGCUCUUCAAAGAGCACUGUUAUUUGAUGGUGAUUCACUGAAUAAAUGUGAGCACUAUUGCUUGGAGAGGCUUUGGUUUAUCUCCUAUUCUGGCAGUGAGAUAUUGAGUUGCACGAUGUUUUCCCCAAAAUGACUUAUGUUUAGGCUCUGCACUGAGGUGUGGACAGGGUAAUCGUUGUCUCUCAACUUAUCUGCAUGUGCUUAUACUUCUAUUCACUCAGGUUUUGUCUAAGUAGGAUAUAAAUGUUGAGCUGUUCAUUGAAAUAAAGCAUACACAUUUUUACAGUCAUACCACAGUGAAUGGGAUGUGAGGCGAGAUGGGGUUGGCACCGUGCUGGGAGGAGAAGAAACAAUUCUCCAUAGCUGGAGGCACUUUGAUGGCACCUGGUGAUGGAAAAACCUCAGAGAAGGUGAUCUCAAACUGGACAGACACUGAUUCAUUUGGGCACAAGAUGUUUAGAGAUCUUUGGGAAACUGCUUUUACCCACAGCUGGAAGUGUUAUCAUAUGUUAAUUUCAAGGAUAACACAAAAUAUUCUAAUUUCAAAUUAGAUAAGAUUAUUUUUUGCAUUUUAUAAAGCAUCUGUAUUCUUAUUUUUUAAACUUAUUUUUAAUUUGCAUCCAAGGUAGUUAGCGUAUAGUGAAAUAAUGAUUAUUAGGAGUAGAUUCCAGUGAUUCAUCCCCUGUGUAUUAACACCCAGUGCUCAUCCAAACAAGUGUCCUCCUUAAUGCCCCUUGCCUAUUUAGCCCAUCCCUCCACCCACAGUGUCUCCAGCAACCCUCAGUUUGUUCUCUGUAUUUGAGAGUCUCUUAUAUUUUGUCCCCCUCCCUGUUUUUAUAUCAUUUUUGUUUCCUUUCCCCUAUGUUCAUCUUCUUUGUAUUUUAAAUUCCACAUAUAAGUGAAGUCAUAUGAUAUUUGUCUUUCUCUGACUGACUAAUUUCACUUAGCACAAUACCCUCUAGUUCCAUCCAUGUUGCUGCAAAUGGCAAGAUUUCAUUCUUUUUGAUUGCCGAGUAAUACUCCAUUGUAUAUAUACACCACAUCUUCUUUAUCCAUUCGUCCAUCGGUGGACAUUUGGACUCUUUCCAUACUUUGGCUAUUGCAAUUUAAACAAGAUUAUCUUUUUCUUUCUGGUAAAUUAAAAUUUAUAAUGAUAACAUAUCCUAUGACCUUUAUGAAGAUAUAUAUUUCUAAUUCCAGCUUGAGGAAAAUUUAGUCUUUUAUUGGAUUAUUUAAAUAGAUGGUUAGUCAGAUACAGAGUUGAUAAUAUAGAUGACAGGCUAUGUUAUGGAUGUAACACAAGCUUAUUUCCCAAUAUAUGCCCAAAUGAAAGCACACCUGAGUUGGAACAGACUUUAGGGAUUAUGUAGUUUAAAACUGUUACAUCCUAAAAUUUCCUCUAAACCGUAUCCUUCCAGUCUUCAUCAACAUCUGACUAAAUACUUUCUUGAAGGGUUGCCCAUUCAAUUAUUGGGCAGUAUUAAUUUUUAAAACAUUUUUCCUGGUACAAAGAUGAAUUUUGGCUCCUCAGAGAUGAUUUCAUGAGCUUUAAUUUCACAUCCUAAACCAUGUCUAUGAUAACCUUCCAUUUUUUUUGAUGGUGGCUACUAUUUUCCUAUUAAUCACCUAGAUCAGAGCUCCUUAUUUCUUAAACAUCACUCUCAUGACCUGUAGUUUUAUGAAAAGUCCUGCUUAUUUUUACUUAAAUGCCACCCUUUUCUGGCUAUUUAAAUAAUUGUCUAUAAAAUUCUAGUGAUUUGCAGCUCCAAGAAACAUGUGUUAUUACUCACUUAUUAUUUGUUGUGUUAUGCACAACAGCUGUAAUUAAUCCAAACAAAUACUAUAGCUUGCAGGCUGGAAGUUCUCUGCUCAGAGUAGACAAAAACUUUUGUUUAGAAAAAACUUGACACUUUUCUAAAUUGAUUUUUUUUCCAGGUUACUCUCUAUGUGCUGUUUGUUUGUUUGUUCAUUUGUAACAUUUCCUUGAUAUUUCAUGCUGUCUCUCUAUAGUUCUUGGGCUGGUUUCUUGUUUUAAAUUGACUCCCUAAUUUUGAAAUGAGUUUGGAGAAAAGCUGCAAGAACAAUAUGAAUAACUCCAGUGUAAUCUUCACCCAGAUUUCCCAAACAUUAUCCUUAGAUUAUGAAUUAUUUACCAUAUCUACUUUCUCUCUGUCUUCCUUUCCCUCUUUCUCACACACAUGUAUAUAAUUUGAGAGUUUGUAAACAAGAUGUCUCAUCGGAACAAAAUGCUUUAGUGCGUAUUUCCUAAAACACAGGAACAUAUCCUUACAUAACCACAAUACAACCAGCCAAAUCAUGAAAUUAACGUUCAUGUAAUACUAACACCUAACGCACAGACACCAGUAAAAUUUCACCAGUCAUCCCAAUAAUGCUUUUUAAGAACAACACAAAACAACAACGAUGACAACAGCAACAGUAAAGAAUUUGGCCCAGGAGUGCAUAUUGCAUGUUGCAUUGGCCUGUUUCAUUGGAUUUUUGUUUGCUGCUUAAUUGUCUCCAUGCUGAAACUAUUCCUCAGUCCCUCUUUUUCAUUCAUUAUUUUGGCAUUUUAAAGAUAACACACCAGCUCUUUGUAGAAUAUCCUUCAUUUUAGGUUUGUCUAAUAUUUCGCGUGAUUGCAAUGAUGUUGUACAUUUGAGGCAGAAAUAACACAGAAGUGAUGCUGUGUCCCUCUUGGUGCACACAUCAGGAAGUAUGGGAUGCCUAUUUGUCCAUUACUGGCAAUGUUACUUUGGCUGAGGUGGUGUCUGCCAGGUUUCUCCACAGUAGUUGCUUUUUUUUCUCAUAGUAAAUAAUAAAUAUAUUGUAAGGAGAUACUUUGAGGCUAUAUGGCUAUCUGCUUCCUCUUUUAUAUGUUUGGCCACCUGUUGAUAAGUCUGGCCUGAAUCAAUUACUACUAUGAGUUUGUCAAGUGGUGAUGUUCCUUUUUUUAAAUGUUUAUUUAUUUUGAGAUAAUAAAAUAAAUUACAAAGUAAAUAAAUGUUUAUUUUGAGAGAGAGAGAGUGGGAGUGGGGGAGGGGCAGAGAGAGAAAGAGAGAGAGAAUCCCAAGCAGGCUCUGCGCUGUCAGCUCAGAGCCCAAUGUGGGGCUCAAUCCCACAAAGUGUGAGAUUGUGACCCGAGCCAAAAUCAGGAGUCGGACUCUAAACCGACUGAGCCACCCAGGCACCCCUCAAAUGGUGAUAUUCUUUAACAUUGCUUCUACAUUUGUUACUUGGUAUUAUAAAGGCUCUUCUUUCUUUACUAUUUAUUUUUUGAGUAACUCUUGGUAAAUUGCCACUUCCCAGAGCCCCGCUAAAUGUGCCCCUAUUCUGAGAUCCCCACAUAGUCUAACAAUCCAGCAAUGAAAACUCUAACUCCUAGAAAUCAGGGGGCUUCCAGUGCCCUUCUUUACAGGGGCCACUCUGAUCGGUGAGUGCCUGUGCAAUGGCUUAAGUGUAUAAAGCCGGAACGUGAUUCCUGCCUGUCCAAGAAAUGGACAAAUCAAGGGCAGUUUAACUAGUUCAGGGGUCCUCUGUCUUGGAUCCAUAUUGGAAACACCUGGAUAGUUCCAUAAUUCACUAAUGCCUGGACUCCAUGCCCAUCACCCAGUUAAUUCUAAUAUGGAGUCAAGACUGGGAGCCACUGUGUUAGUGGAGUAGUGAGGUGGGGGAGCUUUCCUGUUCAGUCUCAGCUGACUUAGAAGUACCAGGAAUUUGGAUACUAAUGAGAAUUCUAGUCAACAGGAAAAAGAAACUCAGUGAUCAGUUUCCCAAAGGAGAGAGAGAGACAGAGAAGGACAAAGAGAAGGGGGGAGGAAAAAGAGGAAGAAGGAGAAAGAGGGAAAAGGAGAGAAGGGAAGAAGGAAGGAGCAAAGAAUGUGAUAAAAUAUAGGCAAUGGAUAAUGCUAGGUAAAAGAUAUAGGAGAAUUCUUUCAACUUUUCUAUUAAUUAGAAAUUGUAUCAAAAUAUUCAACAAGAAAGACCAGAGCCACUGUAAACAUUAACCUAUGGUUCCUCCUCUCCUCACAAAACCACAGAAAAAAAUAAUGAGGGAAUAAAUUCUUAUUUAUCCUCCACAUUUAAUAUGGGGUUUUGAGUAGAGGAGGUGAGGUGGAAAAGGAGGUCUGACCUGACCUUAGAGACGCCUCAGGGAUGAGGGAUGACAGGCCCAAGUGACGCAAUGUUGAGAAAGUUGGGGUCUUUCCCUUUCCACCUCAGUGCAGAGCAUCUUCCUCCUACAGUGUGUCAUUAGACCAUCAACAAACUGCAGUCACAAAGCACAUGGAUUGGAAAAAAGCCUGAGGUAUCUAAUCAAGUCCCCCACCCUAAGUAUGAAGGUUUUAAAACAUUUCUCCAUACUACAUGGCAAUGAGAAAGAACGAAAUAUGGCCCUUUGUAGCAACGUGGAUGGAACUGGAGAGUGUGAUGCUAAGUGAAAUAAGCCAUACAGAGAAAGACAGAUACCAUAUGUUUUCACUCUUAUGUGGAUCCUGAGAAACUUAGCAGAAACCCAUGGAGGAGGGGAAGGAAGAAAAAAAAAAAAAGAGGUUAGAGUGGGAG